CACAAGACUGUUUAGCUUGGGAGGCAGGCGGCCAAUGUUUUAUCUUGAUAAACAACGUGUUUGACCCUUUUGUUUGAGGAAGAAUUAUUCUAGUUGUAAGUUUUGAAGCCAGCUUCAUCAACUCCAUUGCUGGAAAUAGCGGUAACCAACUGCUAAUCAAACUCAAUUCCCAUCUAACCAACCUCACUAGCAACCACCGGUUUUUAACGAAAUUGACAACCCAGAUGUCUAUUCAAGGAGUACGUUGCUAUCAGCGUGUACAAGGCUCGGGGAUAUUUCAUAUGCUUGUGAGGUGUUCGAUCAAAUGCCGCACAGAGGUGUGGCUAUUUGGAAUGUCAUGAUCAUGGGUUGUGCGGAGAAUGGGUGUGAUGACCUUGCCUUGAGUUUGUUUGUAAAAAUGCAUUUUUUGGGUGUCAGGCAUGAUAACUGUAGUUUGGCUAGUGUUUUGAGUUUGUGUUCUCCCGAGCUCUUGGACCUCGGAUUGCCAUUGCACUCCCUGAUUAUCAAGACUGGGCUGCUGGCUAGAGCUUCAGUUUUGAACUCUCUGCUUACCAUGUACUUCUCUUGCCAAAGAGUUGAUGAUGCUUUUGGAGUUUUCGAAGAGGGGGGAGCUUUUCAGUUUGACCAGGUAACUUAUAAUGCAAUGAUUGCUGGUCUAGUAGGCAUGGAAAGAGAUAGAGAUGCCAUCCUCAUGUUUAAGAAUAUGCGAAAUGCCGGUCUUUGGCAAACCAAGUGGACUUUUGUUAGUAUAAUGGGUUCGUGUUCUUGUUCAAUGGAAGCAAUUCAAGUUCAUGUGCAAGCUGUGACAAUGGGGUUUGAAGACUCUACUUCAGUGAGUAAUGCUACAAUAACUAUAGAGGCAUAUUUAGUCUAUUUGGAAAUGCCAGGUAAAGAUAUCAAGCCGGAUGAGUUCAUGAUUGGAAGCUUAUUAGUCGGCUCAGAGGGUCUUGAAGUUGUGGAGAUUAUUCAUGCUAUUGUUAUAAAAGAUGGGCUUGUUCUGAAGGGGGAGGUUUCCAAGGCAUUGCUUCCUGCAUAUUCUAGGCCUGGUUGCAUUGAUCAAGCUUUCCAAAUAUUCAGUUAUUUGAAUCCCAGAAAUUUGAUUUCCUGGAAUACUGUAAUUUCUGGGUAUCAAUCGAAUGGAUUGCCUACAGAGGGUUUGAGGCUAUUUUCUCAGCUUGUAGCGUCUGGGAUCAUUCCUAAUACUUCUACUCUCUGCAUUGCUCUGAAUAUCUGUGCUGGUACCUCAGCUCUACGGCCUGGGAAGCAGGUGCACAACUACAUUUGCUUGACGGGAUUCUUUCGUGAGACAUCCUUGAAUAAUUCUCUUAUUACGCCAAGUGUGGCAAUCUGGAUUGGUCGCCAAAGAUUUUUCAGAAAAUGAGGGGGAAAGCCACAAUAACAUGGAACUCGAUGAUAUCUGCCUAUAAGCAACGCGGUGAAGGUUGGAAGGCUGUGCGUUGUUUAGAGAUGAUGCAACACUGUGAAGUUAGACCAGAUGCAGCAACCUUUACGGCAGCUCUUUCAGCUUAUAGCCAUUCGGGUUUAGUCUCUGAUGGUUGUCGAAUCUUCAACUGUAUGGUUGGUACAUACGGAAUUGAGCCAGAUGUGAACCAUUUUUCUUGCAUCAUUGAUCUUCUAGGUCGAGCUGGUUUUCUUGACGAGACUGAAACACUGAUAAGCGGCAAACACAUCGAGAUAGAUUCAAGUGCGUAGUGGACGUUAUUUAGUUCUUGUGCAGCUCAUGAUAACUUAAGGCUAGGAAGAAUAGUUGCCGGCAUUCUGCUCGAAAAUGAACAGCAUGACCCUUCGGUGUAUAUGCUUCUGUCGAAUAUAUAUAUAUGCAGAUGCAGGGGAGUGGAAAGAGUCCGCAAAUUUAGGAGAAUUGAUGAAGAUGCAGGGUGCUGAAACAACCUGGAAGUAGUUGGAUCAGGUCAUAGAUUCAAAUGUUUUCACGUCAAUAUUAUAUAUUUUUUUCAUUGAAUAUUUAGAGUAUUUCACUAUAAUUAGCUAUGAAAGUUUAAAAAAAUACAGUGAAACCUUAGUUUAAAAUAAGAAUCCCCAAGUCCCACCACCUACUUGCGCUCUGAUAUUAUACAUUGGUCAUAGGAGAUAUAUAUGCUUCUGAGCUAUGUAGGUUUGUCGUGUCAACGAUGGUGGACGAAUUCAAUUUGCUUCAAAAUUUAAACAAGACUGAGUUGUACAUCUCGUAUUAUUGAAGCAAGAACAGUUUGUAAAGGAGCCGCAGCCGCCCAUGUUGUAUUAUUAUUUUUUAUCUUGAUUUUUUUUUAAAGCCAAAAUUAUCACACAUGGAUUUUAGUUCAAGUUGCAGUUAGAAUAUGUUUCAUAGUGUGGGGAGUAUCAUGACACAAAAUAGGCCAGAAAACUACAUAUUAGUUGCGUGUAUAACUGUUUAUAUAUGUGAUUAGAUUCAGUAGAGUUUCUGAUCAGUCAGUGAAUAGUUAUCAUUCUUAAUGCAACACAACAAACAUGUUGAUCCAUACUUCAGUUUUGAAACUUGUCUUGCUAGCUUUUUGCUCCUAUCUUUUCCUUGUUUGGAUUGCAAUUGAUGCUACUAAUCCAAUGAUCAAUCCUAGAAAAAGUUGCAUUGAUUUCGAUCCCUUGCACAAUUCAGACCACCCAUCUGAAGAAGGGAACAUCAUCUCGAAUUCGAACUUCAGUGACGGCCUCAACCAUUGGUCAGGAAGAGGCUGCAAGAUUGUUUUGCAUGAAACGAUGGCUGAUGGCGGAAUUGUUCCACAUUCUGGUAACUUUUUCGCAUCCACUACGCAACGCACUCACUCUUGGAACGGGAUACAGCAGGAUAUAACUGGGAAAUUACACCGGAAGCUUGUUUAUGAGGUUGAUGCUGCUGUCCGAGUAUUUAGUAACAACGUCAAUACUACUACUGCAGAAAUUCAAGCCACCUUGUACUGGAUCAAUCAGUCUGACGAUCAGCAUGAAAAUUAUAUGGAGAUUGCACGAGUGCAGGCAACCAACAAAGAUUGGGUGCAGAUGAAAGGGAAAUUUGCAAUAAAUGGUUUCGCUUCGCGAGUCAUCAUAUUUUUACAAGGUCCUCCUCCAGGCAACGAUAUCCUACUCAGUAGCUUUGUUUUGAAACAUGCAGCUAAAGAAACUCCUUCUCCUCGUCCAAUCAUUAAGGAUCCAGGAUAUGGUGUCAAUAUAAUUACGAAUAGCCACCUUAAUAAAGGAUCAUUAUAUGGGUGGUUUCCAUUUGGUAACUGCAGCCUUAGUGUUGGAACAGGCUCACCCCUUGUUCUUCCUCCCAUAGCCAACGCGUCCCUUGGAGCUCAUCAUCGUCAGCCAUUAAGCGGUCGAUACAUAAUUGCGAAAAACCGUAAAGAAAAGACUACGGGACCAGCUCAGAUGAUCACAGACAAGGUUAAACUCUAUCUUACAUAUCAGGUAUCUGCAUGGGUUAGAAUUGGUCAUGCAGGUUCAGGGAAUUCUAGUACUCCUCAGACUGUGAACCUUGUUCUUAGUGCGGAUGAUCAGUUGGUCAAUGGAGGACAAGUCGAGCUAGUUGAUGAUGGGUGGCACGAAAUUGCUGGUUCUUUUCGAAUUGAAAAUGAACAACCAGCUGCUAAAGUAAUGGCUUGGAUUUUGGGUCCUGAUCCUGGGGUUGACUUGAUGGUUACUGGAGUCCAAAUAUUCCCUGUUGACAGGCAGGCAAGGUUCAAAUUCUUAAGGAAACGAACAGAUAAGAUACGGAAACGUGAUGUAGUGUUAAGAUUAUCAGCACCAGACUCAGGGAGCAGUUUACUUGGCACCUUAAUCAGAGUCAAGCAGACUCAAAAUAGCUUCCCGUUCGGAUCUUGUUUGUUGAGAACAAUCAUUGACAAUGAGGUCCUGACAAAUUUCUUCCUUAAAAAUUUUAAUUGGGCCGUCUUUGGGAACGAAUUGAAGUGGUUCUGGACGGAGCCUGAGCAAGGAAAGUUCCACUACAAAGAUGCCGAUGAGCUUUUGAAUUUCUGCGCCAGCCACAACAUUCAAGUUCGGGGGCAUUGCAUCUUCUGGGAGGUUGAGAGUAAUGUUCAAGAUUGGGUGCGCAAUUUGAAUAAAAGUGAGUUGAUGGUUGCAGUUCAAAACCGUUUAACGGGGCUCCUUGCACGCUACCAGGGGAAAUUUGCGCACUAUGAUGUGGACAAUGAGAUGUUGCAUGGUUCGUUCUAUCAAGAUCGGCUAGGUCAAGAUGCGCGCGCCUACAUGUUCAGGACCGCACACCAGCUAGAUCCAUCCGCUACUUUGUUUGUGAAUGAUUACCAUAUCGAGGAUGGAUCGGAGUCCAAGGCAUCCCCAGAGAAGUACAUUAACCAAAUAGUUGAUCUCCGGGAACAGGGCGCCCCUGUUGGAGGAAUAGGAAUCCAGGGACAUAUAAGUAAUCCGGUAGGGACUAUAGUGCAUUCUGCGCUAAAUAAAAUGGCUACUGUUGGCCUGCCAAUAUGGUUCACUGAACUUGAUGUGGUUUCUAACAAUGAGUAUAUUAGAGCUGAUGAUUUGGAAGUUAUGCUUCGGGAAGUUUUUGCUCAUCCAGCUGUGGAAGGUAUUAUACUGUUUGGUUUUUGGGAAUUGAACAUGUUUAGAGAAAAUUCACACUUAGUGAACGCAGAAGGUGAUAUCAAUGAAGCCGGUCGAAGAUACCUCGCCCUCAAGAAUGAGUGGCUUACUCGGGCUCAUGGUCACAUUGAUGGACAUGGGCAAUUCUCCUUUAGAGGAUUUCAUGGUUCUUACGAACUGGAAAUUACAAGGCUCAUCGUCUUCCCUCACGCUGCGAAUACUCUGCUUUCGCUCUACUCAAAAUCACAAGACUUGAGAUCAGUGAAGCUGGUUUUUAACGAAAUUGACAACCCAGACGUCUAUUCGCAUGAUAACUGUAGUUUGACUAGUGUUUUGAGUUUGUGUUCUCCCGAGCUCUUGGACUUCGGAUUGCAAUUGCACUCCCUGAUUAUCAAGACUGGGCUGCUGGCUAGAGCUUCAGUUUUGAACUCUCUGCUUACCAUGUACUUCACUUGCCAAAGAGUUGAUGAUGCUUUUGGAGUUUUCGAAGAGGGGGGAGCUUUUCAGUUUGACCAGGUGGAGGUUUCCAACGCAUUGCUUUCUGCAUAUUCCAGGCAUGGUUGCAUUGAUCAAGCCUUCCAAAUAUUCAGUUAUAUGAAUUCCAGAAAUUUGAUUUCCUGGAAUACUGUAAUUUCUGGGUAUCAAUGGAAUGCAUUGCCUACAGAGGGUUUGAGGCUAUUUUCUCAGCUUGUAGCGUCUGGGAUCAUUCCUAAUACUUCUACUCUCUGCAUUGCUCUGAAUAUCUGUGCUGGUACCUCAGCUCUACGGCCUGGGAAACAGGUGCACAACUACAUUUGCAAGACGGGAUUCUUUCAUGAGACAUCCUUGAAUAAUUCUCUUAUUACCGUAUGCCAAGUGUGGCAAUCUGGAUUGGCGUCAAAGAUUUUUCAAAAAAUGAUGGGGAAAGACACAAUAACGUGGAACCCGAUGAUAUCUGCCUAUAAGCAACACGGUAGGGAGGCUGUGCGUUGUUUUGAGAUGAUGCAACAUUGUGAAGUUAGACCAGAUGUAGCAACCUUUAUGGCAGUUCUUUCAGCUUGUAGCCAUUCGGGUUUAGUCUCUGAUGGUUGCCGGAUCUUCAACUCUAUGGUUGCUACAUACGGAAUUGAGCCAGAUGUGGACCAUUUUUCUUGCAUCAUUGAUCUUCUAGGUCGAGCUGGUUUUCUUGACGAGACUGAAACACUGAUAAGCGGCAAGCACAUCGAGAUAGAUUCAAAUAUGUGGUGGGCAUUAUUUAGUUCUUGUGCAGCUCAUGGUAACUUAAGGCUAGGAAGAAUAGUUGUCGGCAUUCUGCUUGAAACUGAACAGCAUGACCUUUCGGUUUAUGUGCUUCUGUCGAAUGUAUAUGCAGGGGAUGGAAAGAGUCCGCAAAUGUACAAGAAUUGGUGA